AUGGCAAGAACUGGUCCUAUCUGGUUUGAUAAUGAGAAGUACCGUGGGAAAGAGAGUGCACACCGUGAGGCGCCACCAACUACAACCGUAGUCACGACUGUCAGUACCAAAACAACAACGAAGCAACCUUCUACGACGACAACAACAACUACAACAAAAACAAGCACGACAAUUGCGCCACCUAAAACAACAUCGCAGAGACCACCAACCACAACAACAUUAACCACAGCAAAAUCUACCUCUACAGCACCAGUUUCAACCAAGAGAGCAACAACGACAACAGAAAAGAAAACCAUCUCAACGACGACUGCAAGAUCUACAACGGUGUCAGAAUCAACCACAGCUCCGACGACUGCUUCUUCUUCAAGUACGAGAUCAAAUAAUAUUACAGUAUCUGCCGGACUGACCUCGACGUCGAAAGCAAACCUAGGAGUGGUUGUCGCACUGCCUUUAGUUGCAGUAUUAUUAAGAGGUUAA